UAAGUGGAACUGUGACGAUCAUGGCCAGCACUGUUCUGGAAUGUUUUGGCUUCCUAAUUGGUGUAGUAGGAUGGAUGUGUGUCUGUGCGGUUACAGGAAUGCCACAGUGGAAGAUCACACCAUUUAUUGGAAGCACCAUACUGAAUACAGAGAUCACAUGGGAAGGGAUUUGGAUGACCUGCGUCUACCAGCAGACAUUGGGCCGGUUGGUAUGUGAUAGCUACGACUCCACACUUGACCUCUCUGGGGAUGUGCAGAUGGCAAGGGCCCUCAUGUGUCUGGCCAUUUCCUUGGGACUUCUGGCCAUCAUGGUAUCAACAGUGGGAAUGAAGUGCACGUACUGCGCUGGGGAUGACAGCAGAGUGAAGGGCUAUGCGUCCGCUAUCGCUGGCUGCCUUUUCUUCCUGGCUGGCCUGUGUGUUUUGAUUCCUGUGUCAUGGGUCGCACACAAUAUUAUCACAGACUUUUACAAUCCACUUGUGCCGGAGGGUUUGAAGCGGGAACUGGGAGAUGCCCUGUACUUGGGCUGGUCUGCCACCUGUUUCCUUGGUAUCGGAGGAGCCUUUCUCUGUUGCUCUUACCCUACAAACAGUGAGUGUAGACAAGGCUAUCGGAACAGUAAUGCCACAAAUCAGCCUUCGGUGCCCAUUCAGAACCCAGCAGCUUGUUACUCGCUGAAGGAAUAUGUCUGAACUCUCCACUUGAAAUCUGAAAUGACGUUUUUUGUUUGUAAUAGCGACGGGUUUCUGCGAUUGUUCUCAUUAAUUUAUUUCACGUUCUUACAGAGUUA